UCGUACUGUAGUGCCAGGUCAUGUCAUUGCCAGAGUCGUUGGUACACCACACCUCGUACUUCGUGUGCUGAAUACCAUCGCCGCGCCGCCGCCGCAGAUAUACGUCCCUCCUCAUCACGCAAUCUCGGUACCUUCCCCUUCAUGGCGCGAACACAGCGGGACCCGACGUCCUUCUUCGACGCGGCGCCGCUGUCGCCGUCUGAAUGCCAGAUGCUCAGCGACAUCGGCAAAGCGUCGUUUUCCAAGUUGCUGGAAACCACUCGCUUUAUCCGACGACUCGCCGCGCAAGAGAUGGGCGCGGACAAGCACGCGUAUGGCUCCACCAUCAACAUUGCAGGUAGCCUGGAAGAAAUCGGCCACUUUUGCGUGCGUCUUGUAUCAUCUGGGGACUCUGCCGCCCACCAAAAGAUCGCCGCGGAGCUCUACUGCCUCGAAUCCACCGCCAGAUUGCACGCGAUUGAAAUGCCCACGGCAUUGUCGCCAUUCCAUUACACAGGGUUGAGGUGGAGCCACAUCAAGUCUCCGAUGCGCAUGUUGGUACGGGACCGCGACUUUUGCACCAUCGAGUACCUGGACGAAUACAUUGACGAAAAUGGCAAGCGCGGGUUCGCCAUGUGCUCCCACUCUGUCCCCCACGCGUCGUGUCCUCCACUCACCCACACCAACAACUUUGUCCGGGCGACAGUGCAUCAUUCGGGGUACGUCCUCGACAUUUUGGUCGGAUCAUGCUCACGGGUAGUUUCGUGCAGAUAUGUCGUGACAGAGACGGACAUUCCGAGCAUUCUCCGCGUCACCAUCUACUUUGACUACGGCGCGCCGGGCAGAAUGGCUCAAUCCAAGUUGUUGCAGUCGUUAACCAAACGCCGCGUGCGACGCAUGGAGGAGAUCCACGUCUUGAUCGGCAACGGCGCGUCGGUGAACCAUCAGGCGAUCCUUCAAGACAACGACACGUGUGCAAUCUGCAGUCGCGGGUUCAAGGGCGGCAUUGCUCUGUUCCAACGCAAGAUCACAUGUCGCAUGUGCGAGCAGACCGUGUGCAAGCGGUGCUCCAACGAAGACAAGCCCGGCGGGUUCACGAGGGGCAGCGAUCGUGUGUGUCACUCGUGCCUCCGCGACAUCCACCCGGCAUUUGGCGGUGGACGGUUCGCUCCAUAUGAGGCGAACAGCGCCAUAUCGGGCGUCCACAGCGUCAGCAACCAAAGCCAUUCGAAUUACGAUGGAAUGGACUCCCAGCGGCAUCACCAUCAUAUUUUUCAAAUCGAACAUGCCGCGGCACCUCCGUCGUCGACCAAGACGACGUUGAACUUUAACCGAUUCCACUUCCCCGCCGCGACCCCCGUCAAGUCGUCAACCACCCACACGUCCUCCUAUGUCUCUGACGAGUAUGGCCGUAUAAGUCGCACCAUGAGCGUCGAACGCCUCGACGGUCGUGUGCGGACCCCGAGUACGGAGCAUCGCUCAAUCUUUCACCCACCAGAACGCAAAAUGUCGACGGACAACAUUUUCAACCAGAAAACCACGACCCCCCGUCGACUGACUACCGACGGCAGCUUGUCGACUCCUCGGCGUAUGGAUAUCGUUCCUCAUGGCGUAUUCACGCCCAAGGCAUCGUUGUCGUCGACGGCAACUGCAUCGGCUACCUUCUCGGGACUCCAAAGUAUGCGUCGCGCCCCCGCAAUCGUCUCGACUGAGGACUUGGCGAACCGCAACCACAAGAGCGAUUCGCUUUGCGAUCUGUCCUACUUGACUGAUGUCAUGCACCGCGGACCAGGCGUGUCGUCGUCGCCGUUGAACACUGCAAGCUCGGCCAAGUCGCGCAAGUCGAGUAAGUCGAAUCGUUCGUCCAACCAAUCGGGGCACUCCACCGUGUCGGCCAAGUCCAACUUGUCUGCCACGCCCUCCGACGUCACGCAGCCGCACCGUCAAAUGUCGGACUUGUCGUAUUUGUCCAAUUAUAAACAGUAAUUUAACGUCAUCGACGGUAGUGUUCAUGGAACUUCCCAAGUACAUCUUCUUCGCGCGCUUGUUCAUGCCUUGUGGCUCUAUACACUUGCUUCCUUCUGCUUCCUCUGGCUUGUGUCCUUGUGACGUGGGUGGUCGCAACGACACGACGCGCGGCGGACACAAUGA